AUGUUUAUUUCAGUCAAAACAAACCAAACGAUCCCACUGCUCACUGCAGACAAUAUUUGGAAGGACAUUCAUCCCAUGUUCUUUCAACCGGAAGUAAAUGAAGACUUCCCGACAACAUCCGGUGACGAGCCGCGCAUUCCACACAUCAUUCACCAGACAUAUAAAUCCGAAAGUAUACCACAGGUUUACAUUCCUCUGAUUAAGUCUUUUAUACAGCACAACAAAAACUGGACCUACUUUUUCUGGACGGAUUCAUCCGCAAGGAAGUUAAUAUCAGAGCGAUAUCCGACAUUCUUGCGCAUAUGGGAUAACUACAAAGAGGGAAUUUAUCGCGCCGAUGCGUUGCGGUACUUUGUGCUUCAUGAGUUUGGUGGAGUAUACGUCGAUUUGGACUUCCAGUGUUUGCGACCCCUGGACCGCGUCACAUAUAAAUACUCAGCCAUAUUUCCGGUGGAACAUUUUGAACACGCUGUAUUUCGUCUCAAAUGGCCUGUACUUUUGAACAAUGCUAUUAUGAUGUCGCGUCCGAAACAUCCGUUUUUAAAGUAUAUGAUUGAUCGCUUAAUUAUGAGUAGAAACAACAAACAUUUCCUGGCAGUUGCUGGUCCAAUAUUCGUUCACAAUCAAUUCUUUAUGUACAAUGGCAUAAAAAGAGUAAACAAGUAUGUCCAGAUGAACAUGGAUGAGAACAGCACAGUUCCGUACGUAGUACGCGGAAAGAUGAAGUUUCCUUCCGACCAUGCGGACGGAAUCUAUGUACCAAAUACCCACUACUUCAUGAACACGCUUUCGGCCAGCUUUGACGUUGAUCAGGUUCGAAAGAUUUGUCGAACAUCGUCCAUAACUGUUGAUUUAAAACGCGCGUGCAAUGAGCUCGCACGUCGCGAUAUCCGGUCACGAGAAGAUCACUUCCGGUUCACUUAUACCGUUCACCAUUGGUUUUCCUCGUACUUCAAACCGAGAAUCAGUUUCGAGAACAAUUCUGACAUACAUGAAAUAGUUCCAAAUGUUCGCAUUUACUGA